AUGUCCUUUGUCACUACAAAUCAUUGCACUCUGCAGAAUGGUUUGGGACCAGGCUUCAUCGCUGAUGGAGACUUUGUCAUUGGGGGCAUUUUCCCUUUUCACUACAAUCAGGAAAUGCCAGAUUUGAACUGCACAUACAAGCCUGGACCAGUAAAGUGUAAUGGGUUUGAUCCCAGAGCUUUCCGCUGGGCUCUGACCUUGAAGCUUGCUGUAGAGGAAAUUAACAACAGUACUGAACUGCUGCCUAACCACACUCUGGGCUAUAAAAUGUUUGAUUCUUGUGCAUACCCAUUAACAGCUCAGAGAGCAGCUCUAGCUGUUAUGAAUGGACCGACUGAAGCAGAUAGACCCAUGUGUUCACAUGCUAGCCCAAUGUUGGCUGUUAUUGCUGAAUCUGGUUCAGCUGAGUCUAUUGUGGUGUCUAGGAUUUUACAGCAUUUUAGGAUUCCAAUGAUAAGCUACUUCUCAUCCUGUGCCUGCCUAAGUAACAGACGAGAAUUCCCUACCUUCUUUAGAGUCAUCCCCAGUGAUGCAUACCAGGUGAAAGCCAUUGCCAAGCUGCUGAUACAUUUCAACUGGACAUGGGUAGGUGUAGUGCGGGGAGAUCAUGUGUAUGGCCACUUCGCCCUGCAGGGACUGCUUAAGGAGCUGGAAGGUACAAAUGUAUGUGUGUCUUAUCAGGAGAUGAUUCCUCUGUUAUACAACAGCCAGAAAGCAAUAGAGAUCAUCCGUAUAAUGAACAGCUCCAGUGCCCGUGUGGUGGUGGUGUUUUCAGCUGAGGGAGAACUCACACCUUUUAUGAAGGACUAUAUAAAACUAAAUGUUACUGGGAUUCAGUGGAUUGCUAGUGAAGCCUUGGCAACUGCUUCAGUGUUCACAGGAAGUGAAUACUACCCCUUUCUUGGAGGCAUGAUUGGGUUUGGGAUACGACAGGGCAAUAUUCCAAAGCUGGGAGACUAUAUAAAUACAGUGAACCCACAGACAUACUCCUCUAGCAGUCUGCUGCCCCUCUGCACAGGGCAAGAGACACUCAACAAGCAACACUCUGCCUACAUGAACACAUCCAGCCCUCGCAUUGCCUACAAUAUAUAUAAAAGUGUCUAUGCAAUUGCUCAUUCCCUCCACAAUCUUACUUCCUGCAAACCUGGAAAUGGGCCGUUCAUUAACUCCACAUGUGCUGACAACAGUAAUGUCUACCCUUGGCAGCUCCAGUAUUACCUUCAAGAGGUAUCAUUCACUAUUUCCGGUGAGUUGGUGAACUUUGAUAUGAACGGUGACUCGAUCCCAUCCUACGACCUGAUCAACUGGCAGAAGGGCACAGCUGGCAAUAUUGAGCUGGUUAAAGUGGGCAUGUAUGAUGGGUCACGUGAGGCUGGGAAUGAGCUGGUCAUUUAUGACAUGCCUGUGCCAGUCUCUUUUUGCAGUGAAAGCUGCCCUCCGGGAUCUAGGAAAGCUGUCCGUCAAGGGGAGCCUCUGUGCUGCUUUGACUGUGUACCAUGUGACAGUGGCAAGAUUAGUAAUCAGACAGAUUCAAUAGACUGCAUGGCUUGUCCUGAAAAUUAUUGGUCCAAUGCAGAUGGAACAGAAUGUAUUCCCAAGGUCAUUGAGUUCCUUUCCCAUGAUGCAAUGGGGUUAACACUGACAGUUAUUGCUGUUGUUGGGGCUUGUGUCACCUUAGCUGUAUUUGCAGUCUUUCUCUACUACAGAAACACUCCUAUUGUGCGUAUGAAUAAUUCAGAGCUGAGUUUCUUCAUCUUGUUCUCCUUGACCCUGUGUUUCCUGUGUGCUCUGAUCUUCAUUGGGGAGCCUACUACAUGGUCAUGCAUGCUACGUCACACUGCAUUCAGCAUCACCUUCUCCCUCUGCAUCUCCUGCAUCCUGGGUAAAACCUUAGUGGUUCUUGCUGCUUUCACAGCCACACAGCCUGGAAACAACGUGAUGAAAUGGCUCGGGCCUACACAGCAGAGGAUCAUCAUCUUUAGCUGCACCCUGGUCCAGGUGAUCAUCUGUGCUGCCUGGCUCAUAUCCUCCCCUCCAAGCCCCUAUAAAAACACACAAUAUCAGCACUCUAAGAUCAUUCUAGACUGCAGGGUGGGAUCUGAGCUGGCCUUCUGGUGUGUGCUUGGCUAUAUUGGACUCUUGGCUUAUUUGUGUUUCAUUUUGGCUUUUCUGGCACGAAAAUUGCCUGGAAAUUUUAAUGAAGCUAAAUAUAUCACUUUUAGCAUGUUAAUAUUUUGUGCAGUGUGGCUGGCGUUUAUACCUGCCUAUGUAAGUUCACCUGGUAAAUUCACCACUGCAGUUGAAAUAUUUGCUAUUUUAGCUUCAAGCUUUGGCCUCCUUUUGUGUUUAUUUGCUCCAAAGUGUUACAUUAUACUACUCAAACCAGAAAAGAAUACCAAACAGCAUCUAAUGGGGAAAUAA